AAUUUGAAACAGAUAAUAAUCAGAUUUGUGCAACAAAUGAAAAUUUGACGCGAUUAAAUGAUGCGUUGAAGAUUGUUUUAAGAGACGCUGAAUAUCAGAGGGACUAUUUUAAAGCAUUGAAUAUUGAAGAAUUUGACAAUUUUAUUUUGAAUUAUAUUUUUGGCUUAUUUAAUAAUGUUGAAACAUGGUUGCAAUUUGAUAAUCGAUACAUGACAA